AUGGCACAGAGAGUCUUCCUGCAGCGUUUGCUGGUACCGUCUGUUAGAAGCCUCCGCCUGACAACGCCUUCUCUCUACAUUGCUCUCUCUGGUGCCGCACGUGUCCAUGGGCCAUUAGCAAGACACAGAUCAGUGCCGUGUUCAGCUGUGAACCGGUUCAUCGCCACCUCCUCGGUCUGCAGGGUGACGUUUAAUGUUCAGGAUGCAGAGGACUUCCAGGAGCGAGUGAUCGGGAGCGAGACACCAGUGGUGGUGGAUUUUCAUGCACAGUGGUGUGGCCCCUGCAAGAUUCUAGGGCCCCGACUGGAGAAGCUGAUUGCCAAGCAGCAAGGAAAAGUUUUGAUGGCUAAAGUGGAUAUAGAUGAUCACACUGACCUUGCCAUUGAAUAUGAGGUCUCCGCUGUACCCACUGUACUCGCUAUGAAGAACGGAGAUGUUGUGGACAAAUUUGUGGGGCUCAAAGAUGAAGACCAGCUGGAAGCGUUUCUCAAAAAACUGGUCUGUCCCUAGCGCAGCCAGAGACGCAAUCAGAGGCAGCGCCAGGGAACGGACACGUUUACAUGUUACUACUACCAUUUAAUGUGAAGAUGCCUCUCCCGGCCCUGGGGCAGGUCUCCUGGCAUUGAGCAGGUUAAAUUGUUUGACUGCCUGAGGCUAAGACCCUGUAUGCCCAUCAUGUGUACAGUGAGCCGGGCACAUUGUGUGAUACGGUACUGUGUGUGCCAUGUGCUGCCCUCAGGCUGUAUAAAGGGACGUGGGAGUGAUGUCAUAGAUACAAUUCCCUCUGAGUACUGCAGUAUACAGGCUCAUUACAGAUACACUUAAUUAGAAUGAAUGCACCUUAUUCCUGCAGCUUUGUUGGCUCUCACUGCUGUGGGGGAUAUAACCAAUCAGAGGCUGCAUCGCCUGAGCCGCUUUUCCUCCGGCAGUAUACUGAAGCCUUAUUGUGCUUGUGCACAGUACUUUAAUCUGUCCGUGCUGGGGUGUAGGUAAUGGCUCCGGCAGUGUCUGAUUGGCUGUAGUGCUCACAGUGUAACCUGGUCUCACUUAUACCUGCCUGACCCCCGUAUUAUUGUACCACUUGGGUUUAACCUUCUGUACAGAGCGGUACCCACCAGAUGUUCUACCCCUUAGUCUGGUGAUAUUUUUAUAAAGUAAGAGAUGUUUAUAGACUGUAAAGAGAAAUAAAUGACAAAUAAAAUAA